GUCUCGAACGUGUGUUCGCGUCUCUGCCGCGAAUGUUGACCAUGGCGGCACUGCUGAGCUGGUGAUAGCUCCGACAUGCUUUGAAAGCUGUUAAUUGUUCCACAAAAGUUAGCUCCCCCAGUUUACAGCCAUCUGUCUUGAUUUGAAUCCACGGCGAGCUUCAUUGUGUCCCAGGUUUAGUUGCGACGCUUCUGUGUCUACGGCUUUUUCUCCGUAUACCAUCGCUUCAUCACAACAUUUAGAAUGCUGGCCAAUUCGAUGGCGAUGUUCCUGAAUUUUGCUGUUCUGUUGAUCUCAAGGGACCUCCUUGUUGAUGCUUCAUUUGUCGGUCCUUCCUGUUCGACGUUCCAAUCUCGACAUUCCUCAGCCGUUCUAGCCACACCCCGCGAGGAAGCCGAAGCACUGAUCGAACGGGCCCGGAAAAUGCGAGAAGAAGUUGCCGGAUUGGAAGGGCGUCCGAUCGAACAGGUCGAAGCCGAAGCCAAGGCUAAACGAGAAAAUCGACAGCAACGAGAAGAGGCUGCCGCCGCUUCUCGCCAAGCUAAAAAAGAAGCUGUUUCUGAGCGGAAAACAGUCAAUGGUAGUUUCCUGAGCGUACCUGAAACCUUUGACGAUCAAGUGUAUCAAGCAAAACAAGCUGUGGAACGUGCGUGCAAGGAAGGAGUGACUCGGCAAGUGAUCCGGUUUGCUUUAGUACCUCCUGGUGAUGUUUUGAACGAAGAUCGACAGUGGCCCGGUGGAGCUCAGCAAAUGUACCGGGAAGCUGCUGGGCCACUCACUCGUGAAUUGCUUCGCCAAGUACGUGUCAGUCCGACUAACGCAAGUGGAGAUACUGCCGCAACGUCCUGGACAAACAAGCCUAACGUUACAUCGCAGGAUAUCUGGGAUUUUGACGGAUCGGCUUGGGUAGCGGCUACAUAUGAAGGUACCUACAACACGAUUCAGGCGAUGGUGUUGCCGAAUACCGACAACAAGUACACACUGGAUAUCCAAGGCAUGAGCGAAUCUCUCGGGAUGGGUCAAUUACUGAUUUUGGUGAAUCCUUUUUGGAGAGACGUAGAAAGUUGGGGUUUUAAUUUACUCGCGCCCAAAGCGAAGGCCCUAGCGCAGGAAAUUAUUUUUGACAGCGGCUUUGAAGAAACUUACGUCCUUUUACAGAAGUCUAUACAGGGCGAAGACUGCAUUGCGCUUAAGGCGUUUCCAUACGAUUGGCAACUUUUUGCGUACGCUGAAACCGAUUAUUGGCCAUACGACCAGUAUAUCGUCCAUUUGGGAUCUACCGCAGAGGAACCAAAAAGCACUGACUUUGUUCCGCUCCUCCAACAAAGGGAGGAAUUUCGGUUGAGCAAGAAUAUGCGGCAAAUGCAAAGAAUGCUGAAAAAGGAUGAAUGACAGAAAAAGUCCUUACGAGAUGCCCGAGGAGGCAUAACCGCCAACUGGUCUCUCUCUUUGUGUGUCUGUAAGAUGAGAAACAAAGGAAAAGGAAGAACAACUGUUGAGUUCCAUGAUUUUUUGCUGCUGUUCUGUCCAUGUUUUUAAUGCUGGUAAUUAUAUUUGGAUUUUUAUUAGAAAUCACAAUCGAA